UGUUUUACCAGUUCCUCUUUUACCACACCUUCCACUGACAAUUGGAUGGCCCUAUUCUGAUUCUCUUUGAUUAAAAGAAUGAUGCAAUUGAUAAUUGCACGUGCAAUGUUUGCACUAUAGAAAAUCCAAGGUCCUACGGAUAUAGUGCCCUUCGAACCAUUUAUCUUUGGCAUUUUUUCAUGAAUGCGCUAAUAACGGAGUUAUGUCCUGAAACAUUUGCGUGGCCCACCCUGUAUAUACAACAUUCAAUGACUGUUUGAUCUUUAAUAAAUUAAAAACAUAAUAUGCACGAAAAUCAAAUUACUGCUAACUGUAUUGAAAACGAUCAGGUUCUUGUCUUAUUCAAGUUCUAUAAUCGUUUUUUUAAGGGAGAUUGAUGUUUAAAUAAAAUGGAGAUUUUGGAAUUGAAGGAUGUAAAGGCUGUGCCGGAUAUAAUUCAUCCCUAUCCGGACAGAGUAAAGACUGAAGCAACUCCACUCGUCAUUGAUAAUGGGUCAUAUAACUGUAGAGUUGGAUGGGCAACAGAAAAGGAACCUCAGUUAAUAUUUAAAAAUCUUAUUGCAAAGCCAAGGAAAGAACGGGGCAAGAAGGAUGGUGAGCCUCAGGUUGGAAAUGACAUAGCAAACAUUGAAGCUGUUAGAUUUCAAUUAAAAACGCAAUUUGACAGAAAUGUAGUAACACAUUUCGAAGCCCAAGAACAGAUAUUUGAUUAUACAUUUACUCAUAUGGGAAUAGAUACAGAAGGCUCUAUAAAUCACCCAGUUAUUUUAACUGAGGCAUUUCUGAAUCCUAAUUAUUCAAGAAAUUUGAUGGCAGAGCUGUUAUUUGAAUGCUACAAUGUACCUGCAAUCGCGUAUGGAGUGGACUGUUUAUUUUCUUAUCAACACAAUAACUGCCCACCAGAUGGUUUAAUAAUUAGCAUUGGAUAUCAUACCACACAUAUAAUACCCAUAUUAGAUGGUAAAGCAGAUCCUGUUAAUUCAAGGAGGAUCAAUGUUGGUGGAUAUCACAUUACAUCUUAUAUGCAUAGACUACUGCAACUAAAAUAUCCAGUGCAUGUAAAUGCUAUCACACCUAGUCGAGCAGAGGAAUUAAUUCAUGAACAUUCAAUGAUAGCUUUAAAUUACCAAGAAGAAAUUUCUAAAUGGGCAGAUCCGGAUCAUUAUGAUGCAAAUGUGUUAAGGGUACAAUUACCUUAUAUUGCUCCUUCAAGUGCUCCUGGUUUAACAGUGGAACAACAGAAGGAGAGAAAACGGGAGUUGGCUAGAAGAUUAAUGGAAAUAAAUGCGCGGAAAAGAGAAGAAAGAUUAGCAGAAGAUGAAGAGCAGCUGAAUCAGUUAUUAGCUGUUCAAGAUUUACUAGAAGAAGGAGAGACUGACGAGUUUGAUCAAGCAUUAAAAACCUAUUCUCUUGCGAAUGAAGCGGAUUUAAUAAAAAUGAUUAAUAAUUUACAAGCAAAAGUAGAACGAACCCGACAGAAAAUAGUCGCGGCUAAUUCACAGGAAGAAAACAUUGCAAUGGAGGAACAGAAGCCGAAAAUCAAAUCAAGUUUGCAGCCGAAAGAUCAGCAGGAUUUUGAUGAAUGGAUAGCUGGUGUAAGAAAGAAAAGGCAAGAAAUAUUGGAAAAACGAAUGGCGAAGAGGCAACGCAGACAAGAUAUGGCAAAACGUAGAACAGCAGCCGCGCAAGAAAGAAUGCGUAUAAUAAGUCAAUUAGCGAGAAAAGAGAAACGCGAUGAUGAUUUUGGUAUGAGAGACGAAGACUGGGACGUUUAUAAAGUUAUCAACAGGGAAGGUGGAGAUUCAGAUUCAGAAUUAGAACAAGAAAAGCUCCUGGAACUGGAGGACGUAUUAAGACACCACGAUCCAGAAUUCGAUGGAGCUGGAUCGAACGUUCCCCUGGUACCCGGAGAAACCCAUCAGUUACACGUGGGAGUGGAACGCCUGAGAGCUCCAGAAAUAUUAUUUCAACCAUUCAUGAUUGGUUCCGUGGAAGCAGGCAUUGCUGAAACAAUAGAAUUUGUGUUGAAGCUUUAUCCAACCGAAAUGCAGGCACGUCUCGUAGGAAACAUAUUUCUCAACGGUGGACCGGCAAAAUUUCCUGGUUUAUUGGAGAGGUUGAAUCGCGAGCUCCGUGAAAUCCGACCGUUCGGUUCCAAUUUUCAAAUAAACAUCGCCAAGAAUACCAGCAUAGACGCAUGGUACGGUGCUAGAGACUUUGGCUUAAAUGGAAACCUCCCAGAAUUUUUAGUAAGCAAGAAGGAAUACGAAGAGAAGGGUGGUGAAUAUUUUAAAGAACAUUUGACUAGUAAUACUUACACCAGAUCUCCUGAUCCAUUGCCCACCGUGCAAGCUCCUGUAACCUCGGAACAGGUCGUCGUUGAGGAUGCCGUUGUCGAUGUUGAAAUGGAAUGAAAGACAAGAAACAUUUUAUAUAAGAUCCUAGAUGUUAGAAAAUAAAUUUCACUGAAAACAAAGAAACAGAUUUAUGAAAGGGGAAACGGUUAUCUUUAUGGAUAUCUACUUUAUUACACAAGUGUUUUCGUUUGUUCAUUCAAUCACGAACAAACUACAUUGUAGUCUGUUUACUGAUCACAAUGUACAGUUCCCAAAUCAUCGUAUCUCAUCGUUCGAAGAUAAUUAUGCGGGGUACAUUUUGCUUCUUCAUUUUAGUUUUUUUUUUCUUAUUCGUCGACAUCCGCUUGUUGGACAUUUCUCAAGCUUAAAAAAAAAAAGAAAAAAACCAGAAAGUAAGAUCCUCUCGACUCAGAGCUGCAGGAUUUGUUACAACGACCUCCAGUAAUUCUUCCACGUUUCGUUCCGUGGCUUAAGUUAACAUCACAAUACAGUAAAUAUACUGAAGAAAUUAUUACGAAGCCCUACAGGCAGGCGGUACAUAUUACAGCUAAUUAUAAAUGAUCAUCGCGUGUCUCGUCUAAUAAAGGAACAUACUGUACGGAAGGAAGCUCGUCACUUACGAGCCGUUUCUUUCGCAGCAUACAAUGAAAAAAUAGAAUGAAUCAUUUUGAGAAAAGAAGAGAAUAAAUCACAUUAAUUCUUUCGGAUCACAAGCGCACAGCGUUUGUUACAUAUAUGUGUGUUUAUAUAUUGUUAAAGCACUCGACGACACUCGUUACAUUUAUCUUUAUGCGCUCCCUUAUUCUGCCUCUUUUAUCACAUGCGGUUAAAGAUAAAAAUUACAAAAUUAUUAGAUUAAUGCAAAAGGUUUACGUCGUAUAAUUCCAGUUCAUAAUUUUUAUAAAUCAAUAUAAUUACUAUCAGCUUAAGAGAAUUUGGUAAUAUCUUUAAAUUAUAAACCCUUCAGAUCAAUCUAAUGUAUAACUAUAUUGCAUUAUACAGGAUGUAACAAAAUUUGUGGCACAAGAAAAGAAUUAUUAAAAUUAUGGAAUCAAUCUGUUUCUUUGAAUUUUUAAUUCAUUUUUAAACCAAUAAUUACCCUUUUUUCCACACUUGUACCACAAAUUAUAUCGUAUCCUAUAUAGUACAAUACAGUUCAAGGAAAAAUAUGAAUUCUUAAUAGCUGUUUAUUAUUACGUUACUCUAUCGCAUUGAAUAACAUCAUUAAAAGUAAAAGUGUUUUUUUUUUAACCAUAACACAUGUUACACGUAUACGAAGCAAAGCUUAUUACAGAAUGUAAUUUAAAAAUCUAAUAUCGACAAUAAUAUCAAAACGAUACAUGACCGUGCGUUGGUGUUCGUUUAAUUCGUAAUGAGCUUUUUUUAAUAUUAAAACGGGAACAUUUCUCCCUUUAAUAAAAAUCGCAAAAAUUGUAGUCCGUUCUGUCGAACUUAUUAUAACCGAUCUAUACGUUUCACGCGACACAUAGCAGAAUUCUUAAUUUAAAUAAUAUCCAUUGUAACUAUCACAGGCUGAGGUCGCUGCAGCUUUGAAAAUUCUCAUUAAAUGUAAUCUAAUUCAACACCUCUGUCUAAUAAAAAAAUUAUAAGAAAAACGUCUCUAUCUUUUUUUUACUUCUUUCAGUAUUUAUAACAAUAAAGCUGAGGUAGAAUCCAAAUUGACAAAAGAUAAAAAAAAAAUUUAUCCAAUGGUGCUUAGAGCGAGGAUCCAACUUUCAUAACGUACGCUAAUUAAAAUUACACGCUUUAUUCAUUUUUCAUUUCAACAUCUCCUUAUCAUGGUAAUGAUCAUAAUGAUACUAAUUAAUUAUUACAAUAAUCGUAACCAUAAUAAUAAUAAUUACAAUGAUCUACAUUUAAAAUAAUAACAAUAAUGACAAUAGUAUUUCAAAAUAAUCAUCAAUACAACAAUGAUUAAUGUUCUGCAAUAAUAAUGGCUUCUUUUUAUGUAUUUAUACAUAUAUAAUAUAUAUAUAUAUAUAUAUUUGUUUAUUUGUUUAUUUAUAUAUUUAUAAUAUUUAUAUAGUCGCAUGGUGGGGCAAAAGGUGACAGCUAUGUACAGUACAUACUUGCCUCAGUUGUACCAUCGUUUACACGUAUCCUAAAUAAUAAACAAUGAUAAAUAAUCAAAAUUGUAAUCAAUUAAUAAUAUUACCAUAAUUUAUUUAUUUAUUUUUUUUUAUGUUUAUUCAUUAAAAUACCUUAGAAUUUGCGAUAAGAGCUAGGGUAUGCAGUAUGUACGUAAAGAGGAUGUGUUUAACCAGGAUAUGUUGGUGAAAACUAUGGUGUUAUCAAGCGUCAACUCUUUUCAUCUUUAUAUCUUUAUCGCUAUCAUUUUUAUCGCUUUUUCGUUCUUUCAAAACUACUAUUACAAAAGUGCGUACUCUCGUCUCUUACGUUAUUUAGAGGUACAUAUACAUGUAUCGGCGUGACCUAUCUACUUGUUCAUUGUCCUUUAUAUUAGAUCUGUAGCAGUAAAUUAUUCUCUUCGGUUAAACGGAACACGAUGAAACCUGUGCUGUCAAUCCUUUGCGGUCCAAUAUGAAUUUUUCCAUUUAGUUUCAUUUAUUGAUUCGACCAAUAUUUUAAAAAAUAUUCACACAACGGCAGAAGCGGCUGAUCAUACGUGGAACCGCAGAAGAUUAAAAUCAGUGGUCGAAUGAUUUUUCUCCGUGAAAAGAAUAGAAAAUGAUAUCGUGGAGUCUUUUUCCGAAUCCUCGUGCUCGAGGAAAAGCAGACAGAGACACAUGCUGGUGUUUGGAUUUAAGUUUCGCGUGCACAUCCAAGGUUGUGGAUCGGUUUUGUUCAACAGGAUAUUAUUUGAUACUCCAGUUUCUAGCUUUUCAACUUUUCUUCGAUAAACUUCACUCUUUCUUACAGUUAAUAUUAUAAAAGAUCUCUUUACAAAGAAAUUUGAAGAUUUAUUUUAAAAUAUUUUAUUUCCAUGAAUCGGUACUAUUAAAUUUCUCAAAAUUUUUCAAAAAAUUCGUAGAAGUAGCAAAUACUAAUCUAUCGCUCGAAUAAAUCGAGUACAAUUUCUCGAGAACGAGGCUUCGGAAAUGGAAUAGAAGAGUUUAUUUAACGACAAUCGAAUUAUUUUCACUCGAGAAAAAUAACCCUGCAACCAAUCGCAGCACAAUUUUCGCUGCUUUCGAGAUCCUAAACGGAUAAUCCUUCUUGUUCUCACACAAACGCACACGUUUCAUUCACGCGGACACAUACAUACUUACGUACUUACACACUCGCGCGUAUUUUGUGGGUCUAUCAUAUACACAUAUGUAUAUAAUACACGGUACUUUCUACGCAUCGACGGUAUGUAUAAUUAGGUAUGUCCUGUAUCUAUAAAUCGUCGUAUCUUUCUGUUCCAACUGAUGAAAUUAAUCAUCCUUCUUUCUUUUUUUCCAUUAACAUCCUCUCUCUCUCUUUCUCUCUCUAAACGCGUCUCAUACAUGUGAUCUUGCUAUUCAACGCGAAACAACCCUUUAAUUUUGUUUAAAAAAGUGUUCGUCGACACGCAAUUCAGAACUUGCUGCUUUUAUUUAAUGAUUCUCUUUUUUUUUGUUUUUACUUGCUCUUUAAUCAAAGCUUUUAGGCACCGUUCAAGACUCGACCUGAGGAAAAAUAUUAGCAAUAAAAAAUCUUACGCUUGUACUUAUGGCCUAAACGAUCAUUCGAGCCUAUUUUUUCUUCUUUUUUUUUUUAAUUAACACCCCGUUUUACUGUUGACCAAUGUGCUUGUCUAUGUAUAUGAAUACUCGUGUGUUCAUGUGUGUGUGUAUAUGUAAGUUUAAUGAGAAAGCCGUAUCGGUAACGAAAUAAUCCUCACUCGAACGAAAAACGGGGGAAAUAAGUUUCAGACCGGGGAAGACGUUCGAAACGGAGAUCUCUCUGAAGACGAGACGUGCUGAAGAAGUAUCGUUACUUCCGGUCUCGCGUAGAAAAAUAUCGAUGUUCUUGUCGACUUGAUAGCUUUUUAUUAAUUGGUUCGUAUAUUAUAAUGGCAUCAAGGUGUAGUAUACUAUAUUUAUUACUUUUUAGUGGCUGUUUGAUUUUGAUGAUUUCGCUACUUGAUUCGCGAACAACCCCUUGACACGAGAUUUAACAGAUAUCGACCACUGUAUAAUCAUUGAUCCUAUAACAUAAUUAUAAUUCUAUUUGGAACAAAAAGAAUUCGGGCUACGAAAGAUAUUUAAUCUUUCAAUAGCGGAGCCUAGAUCAAUCGUGACCCAAUGUUGAAUAUAUUCUAUAAUUUUUAAACGAGAUUUUCAUAUACUAGAAAAAUAAUUUUUAAAGGGACAGUGUAAAACUUAAGAAAUGAAAAUUGUAAUACGAAGAACUAACUCGAAUUAGAAUUUUCCUUCUCUCCAUGGUCCGCCGUGUAAGAGUUAAGAAACGCAUUACAUGUUUCUCACUUUUUUAGGAAAAGGGUCGAUCAUUGCACAAGGGUCAACAACUGUGUAAGUUACCCUAUACAUCGUGGAUGAAAUUCAAUGAGACAUUUCUAUGAAAUGUGACCUUUUACCAGUUAUAUUUUUAUAAAUGAAUCGUUCAAGUUCUUAUAGAUUACAUCACUUUACAUAAGUGAUUACCUUGUUUCUUAAAGCGUUCGGCCAAAUUUCAUCGAAAUUACAAUACGAAAUAACUGGAAUUACAAUUUCUUAUUUUCACGUCAAGGGGAUUAGCCGGAGAUUCCGGUCGGUUCAACGAUAAGCAGCGAAACCGGUGGAAGUAUCGCGUGUUCCCUAUGGUCUAGGUCGCAAUGCGCCGCUUCAACGACAAUCGAUCAUUCGAGGUCAAAAUUGCCAUCGAAACGGACACGAUUUCUUUCUGCAGAAACGAAACAAAUUUCUGUUUCUAUUAUUGCUGUUUUUCCUCCUGCUUCUAUAUAUCCAAAAGGUUCGCGAAGAGGAGCUCGACCUGACAAGAGAUUUCGUACGACGGUUAAUUACGUUUACAUGAUCGCUUUUGAUAUAAAAAUCACGUUUAAACGCGAAGGAACGAGUCUAAUCGAUUUAACUCAUAAUAAUUUCUUUGACGAUGUAUUAACUCAUUUUUAUCACGAACCUCCAUCUGGAAAUUUAUGCAAAAUAAUGGUGAAAGAACUAAAAGAAAUAUUUAUGAUAAUGCAUUGUUAUAAUUCAUCGAAUUUUGUAUAACGUAACGUACCUAUGUAACAUCAUCAAGGAAAUGUUUCUUAAUUAAAUCAAAAAGACUCGAAUAAACGUCGCGUGGAUCGUUCGUAUAGCCGAAGAACAAUGGUCACUGGUGUAGUACGAAAGUAAAAAGCCAGUGCUAGAAGUGCGUGUCAUUAAUUUAUAUUAUUUCUCGUGUGUCGAAUGCCGACGACGACGACAUCGUGGUUCCUACGACAAAAUUCUACGCUAUUUUCCUUUUUUUUUUCUCCUCCCCCCAUCCCCCACUUUUUCCUUUACGCAGGCCUCUAUAAGACUUACGGUAGCACGGUAAACCUCUAUAAAAAAUAAUAGCUAUCCUACGUAAACGUAUUAUAAAAAUAAAUGGCAUUGUACUCUGCUAAAGAAGCAAAAUGGUACAGGCGCAAUGUCGAACGACGCGAGCAUCGUUUUAUAAUCUUUCGAACUCGUCAUUAUUCGAGGCUUCUUCUUCAUAUUUCUUUUCCCCCUUUAUAAUCACCCAACCCCUUUCAGCAACCUCGUCAUCCUCUAAUUUUUUCUUUUUCCUCUCUUUUCGCGGUUAACUAUCCACCGUAAUGAAUCGAGAUUGAUUUCGCUCUUAUUAAAUUCGUAUACCACCCCCAAGACCUUCGUCACGUGCCACCCUUCUUUUUUCUUCCUCUGGACUCUUCGCUGAUUAACCCGAACCCGUCGCUUCCUAGUCUCACCCCUCGCCCGAGCCGAUUUAAUUACACUUUGCGAGCUGUUCGUACCAGGAGACGCGAGCUAGACUGUUCAACUAUGUGAAAAUGGAGUGUAUCAAAAAGUGUCCUAGAGUCGAUCGGAUUGCUGGCAUGAUAGAGGAUCUCUAAAAGAAGGGUUGAAAGGGUUGAAUGAAACAGGAACUGCUUCGAGCCCGAUGUCAGAAGUAGAUCGACUAAUAGAGUCCCAGAAAAAUUGUCUUAGUUUCUUUUGGAUUUCUGUAAAAAAAAUUUUGUCGUCGAAUGUAAUGGAGUUUAUUUUGAUAAGUGAAAAUUAUUUUGCAAUCAAACUGUUGCAUUUUCAUUCAUAAAUACGAUAAACAACAUUUUUCUAGGAUUUGGUUCGAAUGAACACGGAGACUCGGUUCGACACAGUUCGAUCAACGACUCAAACCAGAUCUUCGAAAAAGUUUGCUCUGCUUUGAGUCAGCGAUGUAUCCUCAGAGGAUGGAUCGAAUAACUGUCCUUAUUACUAUUCCACGUAACUUUGUAACGCGAUAUCGACGAAGGUUUCUCCACGUUACGAGUUGUUAUGUCCUACUGCGAUGAAAUCUUUGAUUUGACGAAUCUCAGUGCGAGUAUAAAUCGUGUUCAUCCGUAUGAACGUAAAGAAGAAGACUCAGAAUUUUCAAAUGUUCAUGUACAGGUGACUCUUCUAUAACACGAAAAUCACAUAUUACUGUGCGAUGAAUAGGGUAACGUAUACAUAUAGUUAUCGACCCAUUGUAAUGAUUGACCCUUUUCCUAAAAAAGUAGAAGAUAUAAUGUAAUGUUAUAAUUCUAUUCGGACGAAACAAUAUUUGAGCUACGAAAGAUAAUCAUAUUUUAAAUUUAGAAAAUGAAAAUAUCAAGUACAGAAUUAGAUUGAAAUUGUGCCUCUCUACGUGGUCCGCCGUCCAAGGAUUAUGAAACGCAUUAUAUCAUAUUUCUUACUGUUUUAGGAAUAACAAAUGAGUAUUUAUACUUUCAAAGGCGUUAAGGGGUAUUUUAUACUUUUAGAAGUAUCAAAUUCUGAUAUUAUUCGAUAUGGUAUCAUAAUUUGUAGGCUGAAAUCUACAGUAUUGAUUCAGUAUCGUUCUAACUACUUAUAGUACUUUUAUUAUACUACUUCGGUAUAAAACAUCGAAGAACCUUCCUUAAUUUCGCCAAAAAUUUCAUCUUAUACAAAAGUUACAUCAAUUUUGAAAUCGCGUCGUAUGAAAACCGUAUUCUCAAAGUAAGUACGUGUUACAGAAGGGUUACCUGUACCCUAAUCCCUUCAUCCUUUCUCCCAUAAAGGAAAACCCUUACAUCUUGUGCCCGCACAUUCCAUCAACGUUAACGUCGACCAUCAAAAUCGACGAUAUGGCGAUACGUGGAACGAAUUAUGUACUUCCACGAACAUGAGAAUUCUUCCUGCAACGUAACAAAUUCGAUAAUCGAGGGAAUCAUUGUUAACGCGUUGAUUGUAAUACUGACACGGGCGUACGAGCACGAAAUAAUUAUUAAUCAUAACGUAAUAAUAUGUACACUUGAAUGGACAAAUGAAAACUUAUUAAUUUGAAUCGCAUACAAAGACAAAAAAAUAUAUAUAUAUAUACAUAUAUAUAUAUAUAUAUAUAUAAUAUAUCCAACAAAUAGAUAUUUAACGUAUACAUAUUAUAAAUUAUAAUCACUUUGCAAAACACGGUCAUGUAAAAAAUAUCGUGGUUUCGAUAACAAUCACAUUGCACGGAAUAUCUCUAUUCUCGAAGCCGUUCUCAUCUCUCGUCACCUCAACCUAUUUCUCUCUUGUGUCCAUUUCAUCUUUCCAGUAACAACCUUCUCUUUUUUCUUCUCGAUUCUAACGACAGGAAAGAACGAAGAAAAGCGAUGUGUAAAGAGAAGACAGAAACAGGAACAGACAGGACUGAAUAAAAAAAAUUAAAAAAAAAAAAAAAAGAAAAUAAUUAUGAAUAUCGA